UUCGCGAAUUUGCCCAACACUAAGCCAGAUUGAUAAAGAGGCACUUUCCAUCUACUGGGGAACGCGUAAGUUUUUCAAUUACUUGUUUGGAAGAAAAUUUACGUUAAUUACUGACUGCCGUCCUCUUCAAUCAAUAUUCGCCGCUCAUGCUGCUAAACCUUCACUCAGUGCUACCAGACUGUUGCAUUACGCCAUUUUUCUUCAAGGUUUUGACUACGAAAUCAAGUACCGCCGUUCCGAACAGAACACCAAUGCCGAUUUUGUCAGUCGUUUUCCUUAUAACGAAGUCGAUGUUAACCAAAUCGAUACACCUACGUUUCUACAGAAAGAGUUGUUGCUGAAAAUUCCAGUUACUGCUGCUCAAAUUGCCGAGGAGACUUUGAAAGAUCCUAUCACAGCUUCUUUACUUCGUCAGCUGUCCGGUGGAGAGCAAUGUUCGUUGAAGCCCAAGGAGUUGUGCGAAUACUCUUUGUAUAAUGGCUGUAUUUUUCGUAACGAAUGUGUUUACAUUCCUGCCAAAUUUCGCGAUGCGGUUCUACGCGAAAUUCAUUCUGGUCAUCUGGGAAUUGUAAAAUGUAAACAACUCGCUCGGAGCUACGUUUAUUGGCCGAAAAUCGACCAGUGCAUCGAAAAAAUGGUCGCGCAGUGUGAAAUUUGCGGUAAAAACGCUCGAAACGCCGAUAAACUUCCACCUCAUCAGUGGGAGAAUCCAAAAGCUCCGUGGCAACGUGUACAUUUCGAUAUUGGUACACUCGAUGGUACAAAUUUACUCAUUUUGGUCGAUGCUUACUCGAAAUGGGUAGAAGUUUAUCCGAUGCAGUCAAUUACUACUGAAAAGGUCAUCGAAUGUUUUGUCGAAUGUUUUAGUCGUUUUGGUAAUCCGACUGUGCUCGUUUCGGACAAUGCUCCUCAGUUUGUUUCAUCCGAAAUGAGUACCUACCUGCGAAGUAUUGGCGUAAAGCAUGUUACUUCCCCUCCGUUCCACCCUCAAUCCAACGGACAAGUUGAGCGUUACGUACAGACGGUUAAAAAUGGUUUAAAAUGCGACACCAAUGGCACUUUAACUCAACGAUUGGCUCGUUUUCUGCAGUCCUAUCGUCGUGCGCCUAAUUCUACAACUAAUAAAUCGCCGUUUGAAUUAAUGUUCAGUCGUUCAAUGAACACAACGCUUGACCUACUACUACCGAAGGAUUCUGAGACCAAGGAGAUUGCGGACGAACCUAGACGAUCGUUUUGUCCUAAUCAAAAGGUUCAAUAUCGCGUUUAUAAUAAAAGCGAAAAAUGGGCCUAUGGUUUUAUACACAGUCGUCUUGGUAAAGUGCUGUAUUUGAUCAACGAUAAUGGUUCCAUCGCGAAGCGUCAUGCCAAUCAAAUUCGAAGUCGUUCAUUCGAUGUUGCCGGAGGUGUUUCCUCUACUCCUUAUUCGUUUGCGGAUCAAUUCGAAGAUCAAGAGCUUCAUGAUCACGAUGUUCAUGAGCAAUCCUUUCAAGAGGCUCCUGCUUCGCCUCCUCCGGUUCUUCGUCGUUCUACUCGUGACAGGAGAUCCCCGAAACGUUUUUCCCCUUAGUGGGGGAGGUUGAUACGGAUUACUUCCGUAAUAUUAUUAUUUUAUUAGAUUAGCGCGAUCUAUGUACGCGUAGGCGCAACUUAUUACUUAUUAUUUCAUCAUCUUUUAGUUUUGGUACCUUUAUACUUACGUGUGUUUUAUUCAUUAUAUUUUAUCAUUCGUUUUGAAAUGGUUUCUUGUUUUAUUUCUCGUGAAAGACAUUACACCGACUGAUGGAAGUACAAUAUGAAAAUUGAAAUGGUAUUACAAAAUUUAAGAGAAAGAAGCUAUUCAAAUCAAUUUUCAUUUUCUAGAAUUUCCCAAAUUUAUAAAAACAUCCUUCGUCCCCUCAAAAAAAUUCAAAGGAAUUCUCAAGUUUCAAAAGCAAAUUUCCAAAACAAAUUUUCUAAAUUUCUGAUUUUUUGAAAACCCAACUCGAGUAUUAACGAAAAAUUAGAAUUUCCAAAAUAGGGGAAAAAAGCGAAACGUUUUGGCAAGUGUCAGGUACGUUUUUUGUAAUUUUUAGGAAAAAAUUAGACUUUUGAGUAAAUUAUUGAAAAUGGCAACAAAACGAGAAUUUUUGCAAUUUCUGACCAAAAAAAAAUUGACAAAAAGCGAGACUAUAACUGUGUAAAUUAAGCUAAUUUUUAGCACUGGGCGAUUUUUUGGAAUUUUUUGCAAAAUGAAAAAAUUGUUUUGCACCUUUCUUUAAAAAAUAACAUUCUUUUGCCAAUUUUAGAAAAAGCAAGAAUUUUGAACCUUUUUUUUUUUUUUUAGCAAAAACAGGAAAGUAGGACCUCUUGUUAAUAUGUAAAAAAAAAAAAUAAAAUAAAAUUGGUGUUGGAAAAUGAUAUUUUUGCAGUUUCUUUCGUUUCAGUGAACUUGAACUAUCAGCAAGCUAAACUUUUUAAUUUCAUCUGGAAAAAAUGAAACGUUCAGGUUCAAGGUGUGACUGUAACCUUUGGAAAAUUGAAAUUAAAAAUUACAAAAUUAAUAUUGGAGAAGAAUUAAACUUUUAAUUUGUCUGACUCUGAAUUCUGAAAAGUUCACUCGUCUGCCCUUUACCUUUUGAACUUACAAGAAUUCAAUCAAAAUAUUGAAGAGUUCAGAAUUUUGGAAAAUUUUGAAACAAAAAUAAUAGUUUUCCAUCAUUUUGCAUCUUUUUUGUGGUGACACUGUUCAACAAUUUUUUAAUUGACCAAUCAGCAUCAGCAAUCACACCCGCGCAAUGGAGCUAGAUUUGAAAAGCCUUAUCAGUUCUCUUUACCGGGUGACCAAGAAUAAUGGGAUUUCGAUGUUAUCAAAAAGGAGAGAAAAUUCCCGUUAUGAAAAUUAGAAAAUUAAAUAAUCAUGUAAAAAAUGGCGUUUGAGUGAUUGUUUCAAUGAAAUACGAAAUAAUCUUUCAUUUUGCAUCGAAACAAUAAUUCGAAAGCUCUUUUUCUCGAUUGUUAUUUCAUUUUCCAGUUUUUAAUCAGGGAAAUUUUUUUCCCUUUUUGGCAUAUCAGAACAUUACAAAACCCAUUAUUCUUGGUCACCCGGUACCUAGAGUUAUCUACCUAUGAAUUAUGAUAUCAGUAAUAAUGGAAAUUGGAAUGCAUGAAUGUAAUGCAUCAAAUUAUGAACUGCGGUUGAGGUUUCAUACAAUUACAUAGCUCAACUGUUAAUGCAUUGAAUAAAUGAUUACAGAUUUCACGUUGAAUAACUAAAAUUUGUUUCUACAGUGUUCGUGAAAAAUGGACAUCUCGUACAGUACUACGUUGGAAUGGGAUUUCUGCAGUGGGGUGUCUACAUUACUAGAUCUUACCAUACGCUCGAUUAUUCAAAAGUCGUGGCGUGAUGCGAUCAUUCAAAGACGUCAAUGUGGAAAAUUGGAUAAGUAUUUUAAUGGGAUGCAUGCACACAUCACGAUUGAUCCAAAGUUUCGAAACGUGAAGAUAUCUUGGAAUAAAACUAAGACAAAUAGACAGUUCGUGAACUCCACAACCUCAUCAUCUUUAAAUGAGAAAAUUCAAAUGAGAAUGGAGCAGUACGCUGAGAAACUCAAUCAAGAAUUUCGCGUCUGGAAAUGUCAUAGUGAUAUCGUAAUCCAGCAUGGCUUUAAGCAAUACUACAAUGUUGACAUUUUCAAUUAUUUAGAUGAUUUUAUAUAUGACUCGUAUGGAGACAUCGACUACACUGAAAUGGCCAAGAAAAUGUUGACUUGUGAUAAAUUGGAAACAGAAGUGAGAUUCGCUAUCGCUUGUGAAUUUUGUUUCGAGGAUGAAAUCAAAGAGUUAUGGCCUUUAGUAGCAACAGAAUCACUGUUUAACGAUUUAAAAAUAAAAUGGAGUUUUUCAUUGGUAUGGUAUUGGAUUGCUGUAUUAACUAAUCAGCUUCAAAAAAUAGCCGCAGUUCAUUUUGGUAGUAAUAGUAUUCCUGCUAAAAUGUUUAGUAGAUUUUCACGCACGAAAUCAGCGAUGGAGUUCUUCUGGAAACAUAUCACCACAUUCGAUGACCAAGUGAAUUGCAUUGGUAAAUGCUUUCAAAAUUGUGAAAAUCCGAUGGGAACAAUAGUAUUGUUGAAGUACUGUGUUCCGAGAAUGAGCGAUGAAUUCCUCAAGUCCCUUAUAUCGCUAUAUGGUACGCAUAUAAUAACGGGCAUGUUGACAACAAUUCUUUGUGGCGAAUUCGUUAUGCCAUUUUGGCAGCGGACAUGCAACAUGUACAAUAGCGAUCAAUUUGCUACAUUUUUUGUAAAAUUUAGUGAUACAAAAGAUACACGUAUCAAAUCUUUGUGUGAACAAAUUUGGAAUAUUGCUUCAAUUGAAUUCAAAAAUCAUGCUUCGAAUUGUAUUGCAGCUAAAAUUGAAACUAAGCGAUUAGCCGAUGAACGAAAGAAUUACAUGAAUUCUUUGAGAAGAUCAAUUCUAUUAGAUUUUUGUACCUACUCCGCUCCGUAAAAUUAAAUCCAUGGAUGUAUAUUUUUCAAUUUUAUGUAUUUGGGAUUGGGAAUACAUAUUUUUAUUAAUCGUUUCUUAAACUUUGAUAUUAUAAGAAUGGUCGAAUUUUGUAAAUAUUUUUCAUUAUUUAAAAAAAAAAAAUAUUAUGAUCGAUAAAAUUUUUUCUUACGUUUGUAUUUUGAAUAUUCGAAAAAAAUUACGUAAAAUCACGAUAUGAAAAAGUUUGAAACAAAAGCUGCAGAGGGUCAAAACAUCUUUUGUUCCAUUUCUUUCAGCUUCUUAUGCAUAGUGAAACCCUUUGAACUGUCAAAAAACGAAAUCGAGGGGAAAAAAUUCUCAAAUUUUCAAAUUUCUAGACGCUGAUUUUUCAAAUUACAAUAAAACCGACUGAAGUAAUAUGAAGUGGUACAAUUUACAAUAUUUAAGAGAAAGAAGGUAUUCAAAUCAAUUUUCAAAAAGUUCCCAAAUUUAUAACAACAUCCCUACCCUCAAAAAAAUUCUAAAAAGUACAAAUCCAAACGAAUUCCAAAAUUUAAAAAAUAUAAUUUCCAAAACAAAUUUUCUAAAUUUCUUAUUUAAAAAAACGAACUAACUAACUCAAGUAUUAGCGAAAAAUUAAAAAUUAGAAUUAAAAGAAAACUAAACAUUCCAGCGAUCGUAUUCGUAAGGUUUUUUGAAAUUUUCAGGAAAAAACUAGACUUCUGAAGUUCUGAGUUUCUGACUGAGUAAAUUAUUGAAUCCACAAAGUGAAAAUUAAUUUUUGCAAUUUCUGAAAAAUAUAAAAAAAUUGACAAAAAGCGAGAUUGUGAAAAUGAGCAAAAGGAAGGAUUUUUCUGCAAUGUUUAGCAAAACAAAAAGCAAAAUUCUUGAAUAAUUGAAAAAAAAAUGUGAUUUUUUGGAAUUUUUCGCAAAAUAAAAAAUGAAAAUUUUUUGGCUACUUUCCUAAAAAAAAUACUUGUGUUCAUUUUUGAAAAAUCAAGAAUUUUGACCAUUUUUUAGCGAAGAACAGGAAAGCAGGACGUCUUGUUAAUUAUUUUAUUGUUAUGUAAAAUUAUGAUGUUGGAAAAUUAAAUUUUUUUCGCAGCUUUUUA